AUGUACAUCGUGCCGCCCAAACGACAGAUCCGCAGAUGGGUGUGCAUCUAUCAAAACCCAACAAAUCGAGAGGAAAAAGGAGAAAAAGUGACACGUCUAUCCCUGUCAGGGGCUCUGAAAUCAGGUAGUGCCCCUGAAAUGGCCAGGCUGUAUUUGGUAUAUUUCCACACAAACGAAUCCUGGACAUAG